AAACGUGGAGGAUGAAGAAGAGACACUGAAGAAAAAAGAAGAAACUAAUACAGGAUCAGAUCGGACAACCUGACCUGCAUAAACCACAGAGAAGACACCGGAGGAGCCUUCAAACUUGCUGGAUUUCACAGGCGUCGCUUGAAAACCGCACAGCCAGCAGCUUUACGCGUUUCCUCUGACAUCAUUUGGAUCUAGCCGAAGAUUCAUCUGCGUCCACGAGAUUCCACACAAGAGGUGUGUCUGAUGUGACGCCAGCGGGCUGGCUCAGGAAACACAACUUCAAUACAAUGUAGACACCAAAAACCAGACAGAAUAAGAGUCUGAAGACCGAGCCGACAGAAGGAGCGUGAGUCCAGGAGGAGGAACAACAGCUGUGCAGAAGAUAAGAAGUGAAAGAAGAAGAGGGAAGCAGCAGACUGUGAAUCAUUGACUUGAACCUUUACGUACAGCAGUGUCACCUACUCCUUCCUGUGAAGUGUUCACUCGCUCUCACGUCGCCGCCGGAGAAGGAUCACAACCUCGGCUCUGGGUCUGCUGAGGGCCUCACGCUCCACCUUUUCAGCUCUCCGUGGUGUUGAAAUCUGAACAGAGGCAGACUCUAGCCACCGUCAGCAUGUGCCAUGUCAUUGUCACCUGCCGCUCCAUGCUGUGGACUCUGCUGAGUAUUGUGGCCGCGUUCGGAGAGCUCAUCGCCUUCAUGAGCACUGACUGGCUGGUGGGAUUCCCCCGCACCCCCGAUGCUGUCUACGGCCCCCAUGGGGCCACCACAGCCGGAGAGGCCUACCGGCCCACUUUAGGCAUCUACGGCCGCUGUAUAAAACUGCCCCACCUGCAGCGUGGAAUACUGUGCGGACCGUAUGCCAUACACUUUGGGGAGAUAGCCAGCGGGUUCUGGCAGGCUACUUCUAUCUUCCUGGCAGCAGGGAUCCUGCUGCUGUGUGCCGUGGCCUUCAUCUCGGUCUUCACCAUGUGCUUCCAAAGCAUCAUGAAGAAGAGCAUCUUUAACGUGUGUGGACUGCUGCAAGGGAUCGCAGGUCUGUUUCUGAUCCUGGGUCUGAUGUUGUACCCUGCUGGCUGGGGUUCAGACAAGGUCCAGCUGUACUGCGGUCCCGACGCGGCUCCGUACCGGGCCGGACUCUGUUCCAUGGGCUGGGCCUUCUACACUGCCAUGGGCGGCACCGUACUCACCUUCAUCUGUGCUGUCUUCUCCGCACAGGCCGAGAUCGCCACCUCCAGCGACAAGGUCCAGGAGGAGAUCGAGGAGGGGAAAAGCCUCAUCUGCCUCCUCUAAAACCCAGAUACUUUUGUCCUUAUGAAGAAAAGAGAAGAAGAAGAAGUAGAAGAGAGACACAGGCCAAUAACAACCAACACCUGCCAACACGAGGCUGGCCUGUGAACGGGAGGCUCCUGCAUUGUUUACCACUAAAACUGACUCUUUUUGUCUCUGUUUUGUGUUUAUGUGGGAGAAAUUGACAAGUGCCAAGUUUUUUUCUCAGUGUGUGUCUUCGUCUUUCUGCCACUAGAGGUGCUGUGUCUGUUAUCGUAUUCAUGUCAUCCAUGUGGACCACCCAGAGGGGCUUCGUCUGUCACCACAUGACCUGUAAAUAAGCGUGAUUAUAUAUAUUUUGUACAUAGUAAUGAUCGCAGAAUGAUUGGUCAGCUUGAUCCAGGCUGGGCCGAUGGUGUCACUCUUAAAACACUGGUGUUUUUGUCACCACGACCAGCGAACCUGGAUCUGUUAACUGUUUGCCACGUGGGAGUAUUAACUCAACAAGGGAACCACUACUCAGCCAGAAUAAACUAGUCACAGAAUCAGUGUGGAUGUCCUUUUAAAGCUUACAGAAUGUACUGUUAUUUGAAUAAUUAAUGUGUUUGCAGACCCUAGAAAUGUAGUGGAGUAAUGGAGUUAUGAUUCACACAGACUGCACGAGGACAAGCAGAGGAAGCUCUGCGGGGCGCUAUUGGUCCUCUAUUUUGUGAAAUCCUGAAAUGAAGUGAGUUUAUAAUCUUAGCCUAAGCUGAAAGAUGACCUGUGAAGGGUCUGCGCCUGGUCCUCAUUCAGCAGACAUCCUGUAAUCUGUGCACAAAGACCUGGACUGAAUGAUGAGGACACGUACAUGAAGUAUUGCUGUUGUUGGUAAUGUCUGGUUUCAGGGAGUCUGUCGAGUCGUAGAUAGCGUUCUAUCUAUUCCCAUUUGUUUCUGCC